AUGAUACUGAUACGGCGACUCUGGCUGUUGCCAGCGUUCUUUCUGGCCUGUCUCGUCUAUUACAUUUACCUCUACCCUAGCGAUCCCACCGCAGUCCCCUUUCCUCCGUCAAAUCACAACACCAACUUGCACUGGACCAAACGCCCUGAGCGAUAUCCAGUCGCAGGCUAUCGGGAACUCCCCAUAGGCCCUCUCGAGCAGAUUCCCAAGAUCCAGUUCGACUUCGAAUCACAUCCUGAACCCGCGGCUGCUAAGACUACUCGAGAAACAAGGAGAGCGGCGGUCAAAGAAGCAUUUGUUCAUGCCUGGAAUGGAUACAAGAAACAUGCCUGGGGCCAAGAUGAAGUUGCUCCACUCAGCGGUGCAUCCCGCUCAAGUUUUGGUGGAUGGGGGGCUACUCUUGUCGACACGAUGGACACGCUCCUCAUCAUGGGUUUGAAGGAUGAGUUUGACCUCUGUGUCGAGCAAGUCAAACGCAUCGAUUUCACCACCAACGAUGCCGACACACUGAAUGUCUUUGAGACGACAAUACGUUACCUCGGUGGUCUUCUGGCCGCCUAUGACCUCACAGACGGAAAGUACAGCAUCCUCCUCGACAAAGCCAGGGAAUUGGGCGAGAUUCUCUACUCGGCCUUUGAUACGCCCCUCCAUAUGCCUAUGACGCGGUGGAAUUGGAAGAAAACGGCCCUAGGUGGCGAGAUCGAGCCUGGCACCAACACACUGCUCGCAGAAAUUGGCAGCUUGACUGUCGAAUUCACCCGACUGAGCCAACUCACCGCCGACUUCAGAUACUUUGAUGCCAUCCAAAGGAUCGCAGAGGAGAUGGAAUGGGCCCAGAACACCACCCGUAUCCCUGGUUUAUGGCCCACCAUUGUGAACGCCAAGGAGAUAUCGUGGGACUACAACCAUUUCACAAUGGGCGGCAUGGCCGACUCGACUUAUGAAUAUCUGCCGAAGCAGUAUCUGAUGUUGGGAGGCCGAGACCAGAAAUACAAGCACAUGUAUGAAGAGGCCAUUGAUACCGCAAAGAGGCAUCUCUUCUUCCGCCCUUUGGUGCCAGGGGGUGAGGAUCUUCUUUUCAGCGGCAACGCGGCCCUUACUGCUCUGGAGACGAUCCCCAUCGCCAAUAUUGAGCCGCAGGGCCAACACCUAGCGUGCUUCGUCAGCGGCAUGGUCGGGAUUGGCGCCAAAAUCUUCUCUCGACCUGACGAAUUGGAUGUUGCCCGUCGACUAAUCGACGGCUGCGUGUGGGCUUACAACGCAAUGCCGUCGGGAUUGAUGCCUGAAACCUUCCACAUGAUAGCAUGCCAAAUUGGCACGAUUGACCCACCUUCAGGAAAAUGCAACUGGACGGAGGAGAAGUGGUAUGAAGGCAUAUCCAGAAAACAUGGCGUGACCCAGGAAACGGCAUCCAUGGGCUCCGUUGAGCGCGGGAAGACACUUGCCGAGCAACGUCGUCUUGUUCCCGGGUUCACUGACCAUGGCGACAACCGAUACAUCCUCCGCCCGGAAGCCAUCGAGUCCGUGUUUGUCAUGUACCGCAUUACGGGAGACAUACGAUACCAAGAUAUCGCGUGGAAAAUGUUCCAAUCCAUCGAGAAAGCCACGAGAACGCCCAUUGCGCACGCCGCCAUCCAUGAUGUGAGGGUUGCCGAGCCAGUGCAAAGUGAUCGCAUGGAAAGCUUUUGGCUUGCCGAGACGCUGAAGUACUUUUACUUGGUGUUUAGCGAGCCGACAUUGGUGAGCUUGGAUGACUGGGUUCUGAAUACGGAGGCGCAUCCUUUAAAGAGGCCGACUCGGUGA